AUGAUGGCAAGAAGGUUCAGAAUUUUUUUGUCGCCAUGGAAAUGGUCUUCAGAGAUUAUUACGUUUGGGUCAGAUGAAAAUAUUGAUUGCGCCGUGGAGGACCAUAUACGUGCACAAGCAGAUGAGUUCUUACCUAUCCUCGUAUAUGUUAUAAUCAAGGCAAAUCGUCUACACUUUCAUUCCAAUCUCACGUUCACCCUGUUAUGCCGGAGAAAGACCAAAUUUGUCUGGUCCAGAGUUUCAGACUAUCAGAGUGGAGAAGCAAGUCAAUGA